AUGGUAGCCAGCUCACCCGAGGUGACGCUGGGCUCCUCUCCCACCCGGAGGAGCGCACGGUCAGGUGGCGAGAGGGCAAGACGCUGGUCUUCGACGACUCGUUCGCUCACGCUGUCCGUUUCCGCACAGACCCGGGACGUCGAUGCCGAGGAGCCGGCCGACUCCAGCCGCACGGCUGGCAAGGCCCGGGUACUCCUGCUGAUGCGCGGCUGGCACCCCGAGCUGGAGCCCGAGGAGCGUGCGGCCCUCCGCGAGCUCGUCCGCCGCGGCGGCGAGGAGCUUCCCGCCGGCUACGAGGCGCUGCCCAUCUCGCCCGGGGUGUUCGCGCUCUGA